CUUUUGCCAUUGCCAGUGCAUGUGAGUGAGAAGAAGGACUGUCACAAAGAGAGAGAGAGAGAGAGAGAGAGAGAGAGAGUGUGAAACAGUGCCUAUUCUGAAAGUCGUCUCCACGUUCUCCUUUGCACAUAUUGUGGUGUGUGCUGUUCUGUGUGUGCCACUAUUGUCAUAUUCCGCAAAAUCAGCUUUUUCCUGUGGAGUUCUGCUCAACCUUCCUUUCUUUUGUACAUGCAAACACCCUUUUUGCUGAAGGUUGCAUGUUUAGUUCAUUGGCGAGUUUUGGAGAUCUGGGUAUGAUGCAUUUUGGCUUCUCCAGUGUGUUAGAACAAUGAGCCAAUGCCAAAUCUGGGUCAUAAUAAUGCUUGAAGAUUAGAUGUUCCUUGAUUUGCAAAAAGGUUUUGUUUGCAUGAGCUGGGUUUCUUUUCCCCCACUGAAUUUGGUUUUUGUCAGGUGUUGUACCCUACAAAAUUAGUAUUAGCUUUCUUGAAAGUAGUUUGUGGGUAUUGACUUUUUGCUCUUUGCCAAAGUUAAGGUAUACUUUUUUAAGGAAUUGGGUUUGUCUUGGUGGUUGUGUUGUUUUAGGGAAUUGAGCAUUGCUUGUGGAAUGUUUGAUCUGAAAAAUGUUAAGUUGAUGCUUGAUCUGGGGUGUUGUGAUGAUGUUUGAUUCUGGGAAGAGAUUGGAAAUUGGAGUGUUUAGUGAGUGGUUUCAUCAAAGAAGUGGAGAUGGAAGUUUUUAAUUUUAACUAGUACAUUUUGUUCUUGAGGGAAGAUUUGUGCAGUGAUGACUUCAACAAACCCUUCCCCAAAUGCUUCCCCUGUUGCAGUGCCUCCUGCACUUGGUGGUAUUUUAUCACCACCACCUUCUUCAUCUUCUCCAACAAAUUCAUCCAAAUCACCGUCACCUCCCAAUUCUCCUCAGCCUAAUCAAACACAAACACCCAAUUCCCCUGCUCCUUCAUCACCUUCAGCUCCACCUCCUUCUCCUCCUUCUCCUCCUCAGGCAGUGCCUGUAACCCCUCCUCCUUCCAUAUCACUCUCUCCACCACCAACUCUGCCCCCUCCUUCACCACCAGAUUCUCCACCACCAUUGCCACCAGCAUCUCCCCCCUCACCACCAGCUACCACUGCCCCUCCUCCAGCUGAAACUCCACCUUCCCUUCCAAAUUUGUCUCCACCAUCUCCACCAGAUGGUUCCCCUCCUCCUCAAUCACCUCCCACAACAAUUCCACCUCCUUCUCGACCGGUUUCGCCGUCUCCUCCUCCUCCAGCCAAUGUUCCAAGGCCACCAUCCACUAGUACUCCUCCACAGAAACAGAGUCCACCAAAAACUACUCCUUCACAUGCAUCCCCUCCAUCAGUUUCUGAAAGUCCUCCUAAACCUCCUUCCUCUGAUGUUCACCCACCAUCCACAUUGCCUUCAGACACUUCAGGAUCUUCACCUCCAGCUACUUUGCCUGACCCUCCAACUAAUACAACAGCUGCCCAGGGUCCCACGGUGUCGCUGCCGUCUCUUCCAACUGAAAAACCCACUGCUAGACCAACUAAUGAUGGUACUAACAGUAUGUCUUCAAACAACACACCUUCACAUUCAGGAGGGUUGAGCACUGGAGGAUCUGUGGCUAUUGGAAUUGUAGUUGGUUUUACUGUCCUCAGCCUUGUUAUGGCCGUGUGGUUUGUACAGAAGAAAAAGAAGAAGGGAACAGGAUCAAGAGGUGGUUAUGCUGCUGCUUCUCCAUUUACCUCAUCCCACAACUCAGGUACAUUAUUCUUGAGGUCGCAGUCUCCAGCCAACUUUUUAGGUAGUGGUUCUGGUAGUGAUUUUGUAUAUUCUCCAUCAGAGCCUGGUGGAGUAAGUAGUUCAAGAUCAUGGUUCACAUAUGAAGAACUUAUCCAAGCUACAAAUGGGUUUUCAGCACAAAAUUUGUUGGGAGAAGGUGGAUUUGGCUGUGUUUAUAAAGGUUUGCUCAUAGAUGGAAGAGAAGUAGCUGUGAAACAGCUCAAAGUUGGUGGUGGGCAAGGGGAACGUGAAUUCAGGGCAGAAGUUGAGAUUAUUAGCCGAGUACAUCAUCGUCAUCUGGUUUCUUUGGUUGGUUACUGUAUAUCCGAGCAUCAGAGAUUGCUUGUAUAUGACUAUGUUCCCAACGAUACUCUUCACUACCAUCUCCAUGGUGAAAAUAGACCAGUUUUAGAUUGGCCUACUAGAGUCAAGGUUGCUGCUGGUGCAGCUCGUGGAAUAGCUUACUUGCAUGAAGACUGCCAUCCACGCAUUAUUCAUCGAGAUAUUAAGUCAUCAAACAUCCUGCUUGAUCUCAACUAUGAAGCUCGAGUUUCGGACUUUGGGCUUGCAAAAUUGGCAUUAGAUUCAAAUACACAUGUAACUACACGUGUAAUGGGAACCUUUGGGUACAUGGCACCAGAAUAUGCGACAAGUGGGAAACUUACUGAAAAAUCUGAUGUAUAUUCUUUUGGGGUUGUGCUGUUGGAACUAAUUACAGGUCGGAAGCCGGUAGAUGCAUCUCAACCAAUCGGUGAUGAGAGCCUGGUUGAAUGGGCUCGGCCUCUGUUGACUGAAGCACUUGACAAUGAGGACUUUGAAAUUUUGGUGGAUCCAAGAUUGGGAAAGAACUACGAUAGAAAUGAAAUGUUUCGGAUGAUUGAGGCUGCUGCAGCCUGUGUACGCCACUCGUCGGUGAAGAGACCACGCAUGAGUCAGGUGGUGAGAGCUUUGGAUUCCUUAGAUGAGUUUACAGAUCUCAAUAACGGAAUGAAACCGGGGCAGAGUUCAGUGUUUGAUUCUGCACAGCAAUCUGCACAAAUCAGAAUGUUUAGGAGGAUGGCUUUUGGGAGCCAAGAUAGUUCCAGUUUCUUCAAUGAGUCUCAGAGUAGCUGGAGGAGUAGGGAUCACAACUCAAAUACUAUGUUCUCCCAAAAUAAAACUGGGCCUUGGAACGUUUGAGUGACAUGACUCACUCCCUCAACACAGACAGACAUCUACCUGCCAAUUCAUUUCUUGUGAUGUAAAUCUCAUUUUCCUAACAUGAUUUUGCUUGCUAUUCUUUGUAAAUUAGGCUAUUUGUUACAUAACGCAAUGUAUUUAUUUCAUGUAUAAUACCAUGAUCGAUCUGAAUUCAACACUGCCCUUGUAAUCACAAUUUAUCCUUAGUUGGUACUUGCUUAUGUGUAUGUGGACACAGCACAUCAUGUUGAGGUUAACUCCUCUUUUACGUAGGGCUAUACACAAAGUUGCCACUUGCCACCCAAGUCUGUAUUUUUUCUUCUAUAAGAAAAAAAAAGAAGUUUAUGCCCAGGAAUCAAGAUCUGCAAUGUAAUAUUCUCUUGAACAUAAAUAUUUUUUAAUAUUAAUAUAGUAAUAUAUUAUCCAAUUCA